AUGGAUUCAAAAGGUUUUUUAAAUCCCAAUCCAAAUUUUGGAAAAGGAGAGGAUGAAGUACAAUUUCUCAAUCAGCUACCAAAAUUAAUAAUAAUACAAAAACCUAAAGGGACACAAAACUUUAUUUGUCCAAGAAGACAUUCAGUUAAUAUUCCAAAUGAAAAUAAUAUUGAAGUUGAAGUGGCUAGUGAAUGGGAUUGGCCUCUACAACACACAAACGGUAUUGUUAAGGUACUCAAUACUGAUGAUAAGUUUGAAGUUUUAUUGGAUGUUCAGUUCUUUUUGCCAAGUGAAAUUGAGGGUUUCAAGUUUAAACAUAGAAAAAGGUUGCAAAAGUUAGCCAGUGGACAGGAUGAACCUGCGACCUUUUGA